AUGUAAAGUGUAACCUCUAUAGAAGUACCCACAAAUUUGCUUAAAAUGCCAAUAAUUAAGAAUAAGGAUAUAAUGGAGAAGAAAUGUAAUUAUUUAAUUAAGCUAAUAAGAUGAAUAUGAUAAAGUUGGAAAGAAUUAAAAUGUUAUUGUUGAACCUGCAGUAGUUAAAUUUUGUGGUUUUGAAAUUGGCAAACUAAAUGAGAUUAAAGUGAGAGUCAUCAAUAAAAACAAACAACCUCAGAGAAUCUAUGUGUUUCCACCAAAAUCAGAAAUAUUUAAUGUCAAAUUUGAUAAAAAAGGUGCUAUACCAAGUGGAAUGGCUGAAGAACUCUACGUCUAAUUCAAGCCUCAAGAAUACAAAUACUUUUAUGAUGUUAUAAGAAUCAAUACCCAAGAUGACACUUUACUAAUACCAAUACAUGCUUAUCCUGCCCUCAAUCGAGAUGGAUUAAGAGAAUUGUUCCCACGAUUAAUUGAUUUUGGCACUCUGGAUAUAGGUGAGUCUUAAACAUAUGUAAACUGAUAUUAUUAUGCUAGAGCUAUCCUAUAUAAAGCAAAGUGCCUCUUAAUUUCGAGUUUGAAUUCAACAUCACAAAACCUUGUUAAGAUAUUAAAAUCGAUCCAAUCAAAGGUAUCGUCCCAGGCAAAGGCAGCAUAGAUAUUUCUAUCACAUAUUGUCCAUAAGUCAACGUUACAGAAAUUAUGGAGGUGGAAGUAAUUUCAUCUAAAUAAUUGAUAGCUUAAAAUAGCUCAAUUUGAUUUCGAACCUUUGUGUAUCAAAAUUAUGGGAUCUGGCAGGUUCCCUGAAAAUAAAAAAACCAUGAGACCUAGUUCAAACAAAAAACUUAAAUCCAUUACUAAUUCUUCCAAAGCUAAACCUCUCUAGAACACUCAAGAAAUUCCUGUUGAAGAGAGUCCUAAACCUGAUGAAACAUAAUAAAUUGAGAACCAAGUAUAAGAGCGAUCAAAAACUCUGAAAAUGACUAAAAGCACUAAAUUAAAAAGAUCUAAAUCUCAAUAACAAGAAACCAGCGAUAAUAUUGGACUUGAUAAACUUAAAGGCAGACAAGUAAAGUAUUAAAUAACAAAAGUUAUUAGAAAAAUCAUAUUUAGAUCAUUUUAAUCAAAUCUAAAGUUUAGAUAAAGAAAAAGAGAUGAGAUUUUUUUAAUGCGUUGGAGAUCCUCCAAUAACAGAGACUCAAGUACAAGACAUUCUACUGGAGAGACAACAAUAUCUUAAUAAUUAUUUAGAUGAUGUCCAAGCUAAAGGAACAACAAGAUACACACUAUUGGUUAAUUCUGAUAGUACAAUUGUUGAUUACAUUCUGCCUGAACAUCAGCAGAGUUGGGAUUUGGAUAAGAAUGACACCAUGAAAAUUAAAAAACUUGUAACUUAUAUAAUAAAUUCAUUUAGAAUUUGAGAAAGUUUGUAUGUGCUGCUAGUAGAAUUAUCUACAAAUUAAGAAUGGAAAAAAGAUUAUCAAAAUUAAAGGCCUUUUUAAAAGGAGCGACUACAAGAGCAGAAGUUAAAUAACUAGUCAAUUUGGAUUGCCAAAAAGCAGAGCAUUCAGGUGUUGGUAAAAAGGAUUUUGUAUAAAUUUUAUUUAAAUAUUCAGGUCAAAUUUACCUUUGAAUUCAACUCAGAUAAUGUUGGAUUCUUGAAAUUACCAGUUCAAUAUUCAGAAUCCAAUGCAAACUCUUCAUUUAAAUAUACCAUCACACCACAAACUGGGUUUGAUGACCUAGCUCCUUUUGAUGAGUUGCCAAGUGAUGAUUGUGAAAUCAUGCAAUAUAAAGUGUGGGAGCCUCCUUAAAUUGUGUAUCAUCCCCCUGUAAUUGAAAAACCUUUAAGAGAUGGGGCAGAGGAGGAAAAAUCCCUUAGAGGUAUUAUGGGUCCAGUAACUUAAAUACUACAAACUUAAAAUGAUAAUAUUGUCAGGAACAUUUAUUUAAAGCCACCUGAUGUUGAAAGCUAUCAAAUACUUAAAACCCAUAAGACCUUAAGAUUAUACUAAUAAUAUAAUGAUGGCACUCCUUUGAAUACCUUUUAUCCUCUCAUGUUUAGUAAGGUGAAUGGAAUCGGGGCUGAUCUAGAUCCAGAUAUUGCCUAGAAUCACUAAAUUCUAAAGCAGGAAUUUAUCAAUAGAACACCUGGUUAUCAGAAUCUAAAUCUUAUAUAUGAACUUCCAUUGGAUCAAUUCUACUAUCAGGAGAAAAAUAUGCAGUUAGCUUACGACUUUGGAUUUGAUGAACAAAUAGAAUUCUACUGCCCAACAAUAAUGGCAGAAAAAGAAUUGGAUGAUCAGAUGACGGAUGAUGAUAGCGAUGAGGACAAACCUCCUCAGAUAAAUGUUGUGGAUUAGAAUGAUUGGCUUACUAAACUUGAAUAGGAUGAUAAAACUAUAACGACUUUGAGAUAAUCAGAAAUUACUGAUUCCUUUGAGUAACUAAAAGAGAAAUUAGAUUCAAAUUUGACGUAAUAAAAUAAAUAGAUAUUUUUAGUUUGGAAAAGAAUAAAUGGAUUUCAACAGUUCCCUCUAAAACUAGUGACUUCAAUAAGUUUAUUGUUAGAAAUGAAAAUAAAAUGGUCAUAUUAUGA